UCCCGUCACCAUCGUCAACUGGACAGUCCAUUUGGCAACCGAAUGCAAUUCAUGCACAUACAUCAUAUAUAAUCCCCCCCAAAGGCUCCAUCUCUACUAAAGCUUAAUUAACCCAAGAAAGAAAAUAUCAUCUGUCAAAGAUCAUGGGCGGGAUUCCAGAAGCAGUCCUUAGUUCGGGCGAGAAGAUCCCAUUGCUAGGCAUGGGAACGGGAGCGGGAACCUCAGUCAUCUCUGAUGCUCUCGUGUCCACCUUCAUCGAUGCUAUCGAUCUUGGCUACAGGCACUUUGACACGGCCGCACUGUAUGGGACGGAACGUCACCUCGGCGAAGCCAUAGCAGAAGCGCUCCGACGUGGCAUCAUCAAGACCCGCAGUGAGCUCUUCAUCACCUCCAAGCUAUGGUGUACCGAUGUGCACUGCGACCGGGUCCUUCCGGCGCUCAAAAACACCUUAGAGAAUCUAGGGUUGGAGUACCUUGAUCUCUAUCUCAUUCAUUGGCCCGUGCGCUUGAAGCCAGGGGAAAAAAGAUUUCUAUUCAACAGGGACGACCUUCUCCCCAUUGAUUUAAAAUCUGUAUGGGAGGCAAUGGAGGAGUGUCAAAAGCUGGGCCUUACAAAGUCCAUUGGAGUCAGCAACUUCUCUUCCAAGAAGCUAUUGCAACUGAUGGCCCACGCCAAGAUACCUCCAGCCGUGAAUCAGGUGGAAAUGAACCCAGCAUGGCAGCAAAGCAAGCUUAGAGAGUUCUGCAAUGAGCAUGGAAUUCACGUGAGUGCAUGGUCUCCGCUAGGGGCAAAUGGAGCCUACUGGGGAUCGCUGGCAGUCAUGGAGAGUCCAAUCCUUAAACAAAUUGCAAACGCUAAAGGAAAAAGCAUUGCUCAGGUUUCUCUAAGGUGGUUGUAUGAGCAAGGAGUGAGUGCGGUGGUCAAAAGCUUCAACAAGGAGAGAAUGAAUGCGAAUCUUCAGAUCUUCGAUUGGGAAUUGAGUGAGCAAGAUUUGGUAGAAAUCAGUCAAAUCCCACAGCAUAGAGGAUUUUCAGGAGAAUUAUUUGUUUCACCAGGUGGGCCAUUCAAAACAAUAGAGGAGAUAUGGGAGGAGGCAUAACAUAUGUACCUCUAUCUA